CGUGAUGGCCAGCAACACCCCAGCCGCAGACGUGGCCACCAACUCCCUAGUCGCAGGCGCGAUGGCCACCUACACCCGCCCUCUCGUCUCCGUGAAGGCUCCGGAGGGUGACAUGGCCACCGUCACAGCCGCCUUCGCCCUCCCCCUCCCCAAUGUCUUUACUCUGCCGAUCCGCCAGGACGUCAUCACCUUCGCCCACAGGCUGACCCACCGCAACAAGCUGCUGCCCGAGCCCGACUCCGUCUCCUCCCGCAGCGCCGGACAGCACAUGCCGGACGAGUUGCCGCCGGGCGGGAGGACGCGGCGGAGGCGGCGACGCCGCCCGAAGAAGACGCAGCACUGAGGGAGCAGG